GCUGUUACGGGGCGGGGGGGGAUCAUUGCUGAGAGCCCUGGGUUUGGCGCUCGUUGUGUCUGGCGGUCACCUGCCUGCGGGGAGAGGGCGCACGGCAGGACAAGGGGUGGCAAAGGCUUUUCUCCAGUCCCGCCGGCGGCCGGUUGCAAGCCGCAGACGCGCUGCCUGCUCCGCCCAGCGCCCGAAGCCCCCCAGCAGGCGGACCCGAGCGCGCCUCUCUUUCCCUUCGCCCUUUCCUGCAGCGAGAGCCCGUGCCACGGAAAGGGGGUCGAGCGGGGAGCCGGCACAGCGGCCCCCCCCCCCCCCCCCCAGCCAGGAAGGCAGACGGGAGCACAUGGCAACGGCAGGGAGCAGCGGCUGAAGGGAGGCAGCCGUAGCGUGGCUCUUGCCUAGACUCACUUCGCUUCCCGGCGCCCGGGCAGGACUCGGCCGCGGGGCAUUUGGCGGGGGGAGCGAGGGGCAGGCCGCGGAGAAGAUCCCGGGAGCGCGUCUGGCCGGCGGUUCGCACCCCGCGCAGGCGGUCCCCUGGGCGCGCCGACGGAGCGCGCAACCCGCCCAGCCCCGAGCUGCUCCUUGGCCCCCGGGGAUGGCCCAGAGCCCAGAUCCAUGGGCCUCCAGACUCCCGGGCCAGCCAGCCAUGGACCUCAAUGCGUCCUCCGCCCCGGCGGGGGGCAACUCCACCUCGGAGCUGGGGGGCGGCGCCUGGAGGAGCCGGGAGCCCUUCUCCAUCUUCAGCAUCCUGGUCCUCACCCUGCUGGUCCUCCUGACCAUCGCCACCUUCCUCUGGAACCUGCUGGUGCUGGUGACCAUCCUGCGGGUCAAGACCUUCCACCGGGUGCCCCACAACCUGGUGGCCUCCACCGCCCUGGCCGACGUGCUGGUGGCGGCGCUGGCCAUGCCGCUGAGCCUGGUGAAGGAGCUGUCGGCCGGGCGGCGCUGGCGGCUGGGCCGGGCGCUGUGCCACGCGUGGGUCUCCUGCGACGUGCUGUGCUGCACGGCCAGCAUCUGGAACGUGACGGCCAUCGCGCUGGACCGCUACUGGUCCAUCACCCGCCACCUGCAGUACACCCUGCGCGCCCGCCGCCGCGCCUCCAGCGCCAUGAUCGGCCUCGCCUGGGCGCUCUCCGCCCUCAUCGCCCUGGCGCCCCUCGCCGGCUGGGGCGAGACCUACAGCCCCGCGCUGCAGCGCUGCCAGGUCAGCCAGGAGCCCUCCUACGCCGUCUUCUCCACCUGCGGCGCCUUCUACCUGCCGCUCGGCGUCGUGCUCUUCGUCUACUGGAAGAUCUACAAGGCGGCCCGGUUCCGGAUCGGCGGGCGCCGGGGCAACGCGGUCCUGCCGCUGUCCGAGAGGGGCCCGGUGAAAGAAGCUUCCCAUGAACCACAGAUGGUGUUUACAGCUCGCCACGCGACUGUCACUUUCCAGACAGAUGGAGAAACAUGGAGGGAACAGAAAGAGAAAAAAGCAGCUUUGAUGGUUGGCAUUUUAAUUGGAGUUUUUGUGCUUUGCUGGAUACCUUUCUUUAUCACAGAAUUAAUAAGCCCCCUCUGUUCCUGCAACAUUCCACCCGUCUGGAAAAGCAUCUUUCUCUGGCUUGGCUACUCCAAUUCUUUCUUUAAUCCUCUUAUUUAUACAGCAUUUAACAAAAAUUACAACAAUGCCUUCAAAACCCUUUUUGUGAGACAGAGAUAAAAGAGGGAUGGUUCCAUUACCAUGUCAUGCACUGACUUAGUGGAGGGAGUAUGUGCCUGUGAAAUGUCUGAUUGUAAAGAGCAGCCGCUGUCUAAAGGGAUUUUGCAGCAGUGAAGAUGAACACUGAACACCUGUGUGUUGGGACAUAAACCUACUUACCCUGUACAGUCUCCCAUUGAAAUGCACGUACACUGGGCUGUACUGAGGAAAGACGAUGAUAGAAGACUGAAGGGGUGAAUGUUUCCCUUCUCUAGGAUUUGAAUCAAUUUGUGCUCAAUUCUGGAAGAAGUGAAUUAAAAACAUCUAGCAUCACACUUGUCCAAUCUAACCAGACUAAUCCCCUAUUAGGCCAACUCUUGCUGUCAUGUACUAGAAUCUUCUUAAUGGGCACAGGCAUCAGUGAAAACUCUGCCAGUUAAGCAACAGCUCUGAUUGAUUGGUGCACGGUCCUGAUGCUAGUUUACUUUUAGGAAUGUCUUUGGGGGGAAAAAGGACAAAUGCAUUUUGAUAUCAUUUUUGGUAAUAUUUGAAUAAAAUAAAUUGGACUAAGUUAAGCAGCCCUACUAGAGCAAGAACGAAGGGCACAGCACUCGUGCUAGCAAGCAUUGGUCCGCUCCUGUAAAUUUAUUAUUACAGGUGAACCCUGAGUUAACUGAAACUGAAGGUCAAUUAUGUCCCCUUGGGUUACAGGAGUGGAGUUUUAGGGCCAGAUCCCCAAUUGGUGUAAAUCUGCACUGUUCCAAUAAAGGCAGUUUAUACCAGGAGUUUUAAUCCAUGCAGUUCUCUUAAGCUCUGUCGCUCCCAGUUUUCUGCACCCAUGAUGUGCUCCAGGUUUGGGAUGUCUCCCUGAUACCUUUGUACAGUUGGGGUUUACACGUAUUAUUUUUUUACAGCACUCCUGUAAACAGGCUUGGCAGAAACACCUGUGCCACUUACCUAUUCUUCUGUGACGCUACAGAGCAUCUCACACAGUCUGAUCUCUGGCCAUCAUCAAGUUACUGAGCAUAUCUAUCAGAGUGCUGAUUGCAUGGAUUCUACCGUCACACUGCACAAAGCCACAGCAUUCUAGCACAAUUUUUCUAAAGGCUUGGAUUCCAUGUUUGUUUUUUAUUAGGAGGGAUUCAAAUUAAGUCUUUCCAUCUCACCACAGCAGUGUUAUUAAAUGUCUGUAGAGGAGGUUCUGACAAUGAAAAAAAUGAUGCAGAAUUUGUGAUCGGCCAUAACUUGUUUUACUUUUCUUUAAACAAAGCUCAUUGCAGUGUACCUGAAAAGGUUUCAUAGUGCUGAGGGGAAGCCAAAAUGACCUCUCCCUUCUCAUCGAAGGCUUAACUUUCAUAGAAUUAAAACUGGAAUGGGGUGCUCUGCUUUUCAGAGAAUAUA